GAGCUGGCAGGGCUGCGGGGAGGCUUUGGGGACACUGGUGUCCCCUCCCUGGCAGGGUGCUGAUGCUCUCUCCUCCCACAGCACACUGUCACUGCAGACAACUCGCUGAGCGCGAGCCACAUGGAGAUGACCAUGAAGCUGCUGAGGACGAGGCUGCAAUCCCGCCUGGCUCUCCACAAGCAGUUUGCUUCUCUUGAGCAUGGCGUGGUGCCGGUGUCCAGCGAGUGCCAGCAUCUCUUCCCUACCAAGAUCGUCUCCCGCCUGGUGAGGUGGGCUGCCAUCCCCUUCGAGGAUUACGCGGAGCUGCCCUACACUAAAGACGUGGUGGAGGCUGGGCUGGCUGAAGACACCCAUCUCUAUUACAUGGCCCUGAUAGAGAGGGGAACAGCCAAGCUCCAGGUCGCUGUGGUCCUGAAUCCUGGUUACUCCGCGCUGCCACCCAUCUUCAGCCUCUGCCUGAACUGGAAAGGAGAGCGAACCGGCAGCAACGAUGACAACAUUCGGGCUAUGGAGAGCGAAGUCAAUGUGUGCUACAAGGAGCUGUGGGGACCCAAACCGGGCUACCAGCUCCUCACCAACCAGCUGCAGCGCCUCUGCAUGGUGCUGGACGUCUACCUGGAGACGGAGCCCCACGACACCACUGUGGAGGGGCCCAAGGAGUUCCCCCAGGAGAAGAUGUGCCUGCGCCUGGUCAGGGGCCCCAUGCGCUUGAAGCCGUUCAAGUUCAACUACCCUCAGGGAUUCUUCAGCCACCGCUGAGUCCUGCUGGGCUCCCCUGCCUGGGCAUUGCUUUGGGACCUAGCUUCAUCCUGUCUGCAAUGUUCCCUUCCUGUCAUUUCAGUUUCUUUUAUGACAUUUUGGGUCUCAUUUGAGGUUUUGUAACUGAAGGGAUUAAAUGCUGAAUUGGAAGAA